AUGGAAUUUCAUAUCACUGGGGAUAUGAUAAAUUGUUCCGAACCAGCGUUGAUUAUCAUGAAUCACAGAACAAGACUUGAUUGGAUGUUCUUUUGGAAUGUACUUUACAAAAUGGAUCCAUGGCUACUUACAACUGAGAAAAUAUCACUGAAAAAAACAUUGGAAUAUAUUCCUGGAGCAGGAUGGGCAAUGCAAUGCGCAGCAUACUUGUUCCUAGAACGUAAUUAUAAAAAUGAUGCUCAUACCAUGAAUGAUAUGAUCACUUACUACAAAAAUUUGGAUCGUCAUUAUCAGAUUUUGCUUUUUCCGGAAGGAACAGAUCGUGGUGAACGAGCUGCAAAGCGUAGUGAUGAAUUUGCAAUGCAACACGGUUUACCGAUAUACCAUUUUGUUUUGCAUCCCCGUACGACGGGUUUUUCUUAUAUGAUACAAGUGAUGCGUCAAAAAGAUUACCUAAAGAAUGUUUACGACAUAACGGUUGGAUAUCCAGAUGAGAUUGUUAGUUCAGAACUGGAAAUACUCCAAAACGGCCAUUUUCCGCACGCUGUACAUUUUGAUGUGAAGAGAUAUAAAGAAAAUGAUUUACCUAAAGAUAACUGUGGUUUGGCUGAUUGGAUCAAUAAAAUUUGGAGAGAGAAAGAGAAUCGACUGGAAAAUUUCUAUAAGGCUGAUGUCUCCCAUAGGAAAUUCUUGCCUGAUAGUGGAAAAAAUAAUUUGCCGACUAAAGGUGACAUAAAACGCGUGAUAUAUUUGUAA